AUGUUCAUUAAAACAACCUCGAUCAUCAUUGAGAAGCCAAAUAAUUUUGCAAGAGAAGAAGACUCAUUUAAUAAUAGGUUGAGGUUUCAUAUUGUUGCCGCAGGCAAUGGUGGUGUUUGCGGUGUUGAUGUACGCAAUAUUGGUAGCAGAAAUGGUAUUUGA